AAUCUGCAGCAAAUAUAUAAAUAGUAGCACCAAAUACAUGGGGCGGCAGCAGCAAAGAUCUGGAACGCCAUGGAAGUAGCAGAAGGAGCUCGCCACAGCGUGACAGCCAAAAUUCCCUAUUCCUCCCUCACCGUCGAUCAUUCUCUCUCUAUUACUCAUCUAAAGCCUAAAAUCGUAGAACUGUGCAAGGACUUGUUCAACCAAUGGUCAAAUCUAGAUGGUUCUCACUUCUCUGUAGAGACUGUAUCUGGUGGCAUCACAAAUCUAUUGCUAAAAGUAUCUGUAAGAGAAGAUGACGGAAAGCAUGAACAUAUGACAGUUAGGUUAUAUGGUCCAAAUACUGAAUAUGUCAUUAACCGUGAGCGAGAAAUGCAGGCGAUUCAACACCUCUCAGCGGCUGGGUUUGGUGCCAAGUUGCUAGCAGUAUUUGGGAAUGGCAUGGUUCAGUCAUUUAUUGAUGCACGCACUUUAACACCCCCAGACAUGAAAAACCCAAAGCUUGCUGCUGAAAUUGCAAAGCAACUCCGAAAGUUCCAUCAGGUGGAAAUUCCGGGCUCCAAAGAACCUCAAGUGUGGAAUGACGUGUUAAAGUUCUUCAAAAAAGCAUCAAUUCUCCAAUUUGAUGAUGGUGAGAAGAAGAAGAAGUAUGAGACAAUUUUGUUCCAGGAAGUUCAUAAUGAAAUCAUUGAGCUCAAGGAAUUGACUGACCGGCUUAACGCCCCGGUGGUGUUUGCUCACAAUGACUUACUCUCUGGAAAUCUGAUGCUUAAUGAGGAUAAAGAAAAGCUGUAUUUCAUUGAUUUUGAGUAUGGAUCCUACAAUUACAGGGGAUUUGACAUAGGGAAUCACUUCAAUGAAUAUGCUGGCUAUGAUUGUGAUUACAGCUUAUAUCCAAGUAAGGAUGAGCAGUUUCAUUUCUUCAGGCACUAUUUGGAUUCUGACCAACCGAAUGAGGUAUCUGACAAGGACCUCGAAGCCUUAUAUGUUGAGACCAGUAGUUACAUGCUAGCUUCACAUCUAUACUGGGCUCUCUGGGCUUUGAUCCAGGCGAAAAUGUCACCCAUCGAUUUUGAUUACAUCAGUUAUUUCUUCCUGCGCUAUAAUGAAUACAAGAAGCAGAAGGAGAAAGUCCUCUCUUUAGCCAAGUCAUAUCUCUCGAAACCCGAGCUGGGUAAAAGAUUCAUGUAACACAGUUCCAAACUCUUGAAAGCAGAAGGAGAAAGUCAUCUCUUUACCCAAGUUAUAUCUCUCAAAACCCGAGCUGGGCGAAUGGUUCAUGUAACACAGUUCCAAACUCUUAAAAGCUGCAAUCGACACGAACAUUUUGAUCUCAUUUGUUGCAAGGUAGAAAUAGUUGCUGCUGUAGUCAAGUUGGACUGUGCAAAAUAAUUUUUUCUUUCUUCCAGAAAGCAUAUUAAAGUGUGUUGUAAUACUCAAAAUUCAUUGCUUGAAGUUUGAACACGAAAUAUAUUUUUGAAACCAA